AUGUGGGACCCACCGGCUGAGCAAAGUGACACCUACACGUUAGAGGAAGAACUGAGACCAGCAUGGAAAGCAUCUGGAGACAAUAGCGGUGGUGCAUACAUUUUCGAUGCAGCUGCGUAUCCAUCAAACAGGAUACACGGUGGUACGUUCUUCGUCCUCCCAUUCGCACCUUCAGUUUCGCCUGAAACCUAUGACGCGUCCAAGUGCCCAGGAUCUCGUGCACUACCACUCUACAUCCGAGCACCGUUAACCUAUGCUAUUGUGUACGCGCCAGGGAGAGAAAACAUGAGGUACAAUUGCACAAUGGAAGAGCUUGCCCUCUACCUUCUAGAAGAAGGAAGAAAUGACGAAAAACUCAAAUAUACCAGAUUUGCCAGUGAAAAAGUAGACUAUUCCAUUGUGGCUACAGAAGCUGGUAAAGAAUGGGAUGCACAGCUGCAGUCGGAUAACUGUGCUCUACUGCGUUACGAUUACCUUGACGGACUUCUGAUCUGUUUUGCUGCAGUUCGUGUGAUGUUCUAUGAUAAUAAAGGUUCUGAAAGUUCUUUGGUUCUGAAAGUUGAUACAACUCACCUUCGUCUGGAUCCGUUCUAUUUCGAAUUGUACCAUUUGUAG